AUUGAAGGAAAGGAAUAAAGACGCCAUAUUUGUGAAAAUAGUGGGUUUAUCAGGGAGUUUAUUUAAUUAAUAUAAUAACUAUACUAAUUCAUAAUUCCAUAAACACAGCAACGAAACUAGUAAGGAUUAUCGAAACAGUUAACACUUACAACCGGUCGAUCAUUCGCACUCAAAAUGAUCAUUUUCCAACGCACUUAACCAAAAAAAAACAAAUAUUAAUUAAAAACAAUCACUUUUAAUAAGAACAGUUUUAUGAGUACUUUAAUUAGUACGUCUUUGUGAAUGGGUUCCGCAAUAUAAUGCAUUCGAUAACCUAACGCAUGAAGUGGGUCCAAAAAUCAAACAUGCAAAGGUUUUUAUUGUAAAUUAAAAAUUAGUUUAAUUAGCAUUAGCAUGGCUAGCUCGUUCGAUCACGAGGACAAAGAUUGCUGGUAUUUCGGGGCCAUUGGCAGGCACGAAGCCACGAAUUUGCUCAUGGAAGAGAAAGAAGGCGGCGUAUUCCUAGUUAGAGACAGCGCGUCAUCCGUAGGGGACUACGUUCUGUGCGUAAAGGAAGACAGCAAGGUUAGUCAUUAUAUAAUAAACAAGACGCAGCUGCAGGAUCAGCCGCGCUACAAAAUCGGGGAUAAUUUCUUUAAGAAUAUACCAGAGUUGCUGUCGUUUUAUAAGGUUCAUUACUUGGAUACCACUCCGCUUAUUAGGCCUGCCACUAAGAAAGUCGAAAAAGUUAUAGCUAAAUACGACUUCGACAGUCAGGAAAAAGAUGAUCUUUGCUUCAAAAAGGGGGAUAUUUUAACUAUAUUAUUUAAGGACGAGGAACAAUGGUGGACUGCUAGGGAUAAAAACGGUAGAACUGGUUCGAUUCCGGUUCCAUAUGUUCAGAGAAUAGAAGAAACUCAAUUUCCUAAUGAAAUUCCUAGGACAGGUUCCGGCGGUCCGGUUAGUAAUGCUUCCUUGCAAGCUGAAGCAGCAAAAAGGAAUCAAAUGCAGCGAAAAUUGCCGGCGAAAGCUCGCGUUAAACAAGUGCGAAUACCAAAUGCUUAUGAUGAUACCGCAUUGAAGCUGGAAAUAGGCGAUAUCAUAACGGUAACGAAGACCAACAUAAACGGGCAAUGGGAGGGAGAACUGAACGGAAAAACUGGAUAUUUCCCAUUCACGCAUGUGGAAUUCCUGGAUGAAGAGAACGAAAGUUAGUCAUGUUUGUAAUUUUUUUCAAUGUUUCGCGAUUUGUAUAGAGCUCGAAUUUUGUUUUGUAUAUUUAUUGAUUUUUUAUCUCAAUCGGCACUAACAUUAACCAACCCCUACAUAUUAUACAUUGUAUUCUAUCGAUUUUAUUUAUGAUCAAUUACACACUUGAGCUGUUAUCGUUGAUUUGUAUUUUUUAUUAAUUACAUAUCAGUAUUUUUGUCCUCUCAUUUUAUUGUAGAUCAAGCGAUUCGGCUUUUUCGCCAGUAAAAAAAUUUUAUCAUUCAAACAGCGUCUUAUUUAAAAUUAACUACAAGAAGUCUGACUGACUACUCUCGAAUAAACAAAAAUAUAGUCAAUAAUGUAUACAAUUUUAUCGAUAAAAAAACGGAGUUGUAUAAAAAUUCAAAAGAAUAUAAAUUCAAAAAUAUAAAAAAUAUUAAAUCGUAAAAGUACAAGCCUAUUCUAAUUUGUGGACGGACUUAAAAAUUAGCACAAAAUUCUAAUUAAGGCCACAACAAUUCGAUAUUCGGAGAUUGCAUUUUUUUGAUCACUUUGAACUGAGAGUAAACUACCAGCCAGCAAUACGCCUGAAAAAAAGCAAAUAUUAACAUAUACACAAAAAAAAU